AUGGCGCCCGAAACACCGAGAGCGGUCUCUUCGAGACUGCUCACCAUGAAAUUCAUGCAACGAGCAGUGGCCUCAGAGAACUCAUCUCCCGCUUCAGAAACACAUUCGUCCAAGAAGAGAAAAACGGAUCAUUCGUCACCGGCAGGUCGGCUCGAUCUGAAUAUCGACCAGGCUACGAUCCAGGCCGCGUUGGAUGCCCAAGAAACAAAACGUCAAGAGGCUUUGGAGAAGCAUGUUGGUGCUGAUACACGUUGGGUGCUGAACAACGCAUUUGCUGGGUCAAAAGCUACCAGCCAAGCAAAAACACCCAUGAACGUUGUUUAUGUUGGUUAUGGUGACUUUGACACUUCUAAUGAUUCAGGCGACAACGAAGAUGCGUUGACCAAACAAGAACCACAAAAAUCGUCCGACGACGACGAAGACAGUGAAGAUGAGAACUCGGAUGACGCAGAUACACCACCACAAGGACUGAAGCGAAAGCCAUCCACUGAUAGUCCAAGCCGCUCACGUUCAAGGUCUCAAUCAAGACCCGGCCAUGAAAAUUCCAAGGCCAAAGAGUUCCGCGACAAGAGGAAAAAGAAGGAAGUGAAGCUAAGCAGGCCAACAAUGAUCUCCGGGGGUGGCAUCUCCUCAGGAGGCGGUAAUCAAUUUUCAUCCGCUGGUGGAAAAACCAUGACUUGCUACAAGUGCCACCAGAGCGGCCACAAAGCCGUUGACUGUACCAGGAGGGGCUGA